GGACCUCGGAUUGGUUAUGGGCCAGUUAAAAGUAUUGUACAGUGUUUAGCAAAGAAGGAAGGAAAAGAUGAUUUCUAUAAGAUUAAGAUUUUAACAUUAGAGAAACCAGAAGAUGAAACAUAUGAUGAUAGACAGGGGAAAAUGUUAAUGCAUACUGAAUAUUCUAUAUUAUCAUUAUUACAUAAUCAAACUGGAGUAGAACAUCAUCAUGGUUUAUUUAAGGUACAAGAGAAAGAAGUAGGAAGUGAUAGAAGACAAACCAUUGUAACUGGGAAAAUACAAAGAAGAUUAUGUCUAGUAUUAGACUGCUUAAUACCUCAUGAUUAUUCAACAAGAACUAAUAAAUAUGUAAAUUUACAACAUCAUGUGAUUACUGAGCGGAGAUUAUCAGAGAGUUAUGCUAUAUUAAUAUUUACUGAUAUUAUUAGAGUGGUGGAAAGUUUACAUAAGAAAAAUAUUGUACAUAGAGAUUUAAAGCUAGGUAAUAUGGUCCUAGAUAAAGACGCUAAAAAGAUUAUUAUUACUAAUUUCUGUCUAGGAAGACAUCUUGUAUCUGAAAAUGAAAUGUUAACAGAUCAAAGAGGAAGUCCUGCUUAUAUUAGUCCUGAUGUCUUAAGCUAUAAACCUUAUCUUGGUAAACCUAGUGAUAUGUGGGCUCUUGGUGUAGUGCUAUAUACAUUAUUUUUUGGCAGAGUACCUUUCUUUGAUACAACACCUCAAGAAUUAUUCCGUAAAAUUAAGGCAGUUGAGUUUACUAUACCUAAUGAUGUUCCUGUAUCAGAAAACAGUAUAAUGGUUAUACGGAAAUUAUUGGUUCUAGAUCCUAAAACUAGAAUGACAGCUAGCCAAGUAUUAGAUGCUAUGAGUGUUAUAUUAUCUACUAGGUAUAGAAUCAUUGUUCAUAAUUCUUCAGAUUUUCAUGUGGUGCCUGAUAUUGACAUCAAUAAACUGAAUAAAGCAAAAUCUGAGCAAGGAAAAACAGUUUCUCAUAACAUGCCAUUUUCAUACAAUACCCAAUAUCACGAACAUUCUUCCAACUUCCAGCAAAUCUUACAGACGGUUAAUAGUGAAUGUAGUGCUAGUACCAGUACAAUAACCUGUAGAUCUAGACGUACCGGACCUCCACCAAUAAAAAGACUUCAUACAGAUGCCCAACCGCUAACACCCUCAGAAAUAGCUGCUCUACAUCAUGCAAUUCCAAAAGUUUGA